GAAAAAGGAAGACUGAAGGCGGUCGCCAUAUUGUUUUAUUCCGCAGAUUCACUGGAGCAGAAAGCAACAAACACUUCUAUUAAACGAGGUUAUAUCAAGCAAUUCUACGUUUAACCAACGCACAGCGUUGCAUGAAGUUGUCGCAGACCGUGCUGCAUUCAUAAAAACCCUUCUUAGCGCGUCAAUCAGAUUUAGUUGUGCAAAAUAUGGGACGCUCAAGGAGCCGCAGCUCGUCCCGGUCCAAACACUCAAAACACAGCCGCAAACGGAGCCGCUCCAAAUCCAAAUCUAAGAAAAGGAGCAGGUCGAAGGAGCCAAAGAGGAACAGACGGUCCCGCUCAAGAUCCGGCAGCAGGAGGGACAGAGGAGGCUCACCGCCCGACCGAACAGACAUGUUCGGCCGGACACUGAGCAAGAGAAACAACGACGAAAAACAGAAGAGAGAAGAGGAGGACAGGAGAGUAGAGAUUGAGAGGCAGAGGAAGAUCCGUCAGCAGGAGAUCGAGGAGCGUCUGAUCGAGGAGGAGACGGCCAGGCGUGUGGAGGAGCUUGUGGCGCGACGAGUGGAGGAGGAACUGGAGAAGCGGCGUGAUGAGAUUGAACAUGAGGUCUUACGGCGAGUGGAGGAGGCCAAACGCAUCAUGGAAGCACAGCUUUUGCAGGAGCUAGAGAGGCAGAGGCAGGCUGAACUGAACGCCCAGAAAGCCAGAGAGGAGGAAGAGAAAUCCAAACGAGUGGAGCUCGAGAGAAUUUUGGAAGAAAACAACCGAAAGAUUGCUGAUGCUCAGGCUAAACUGGCUGAGGAUCAGCUACGUAUAGUAGAAGAACAAAGGAAAAUCCAUGAGGAACGCAUGAAGCUUGAACAGGAGAGGCAGAAACAACAGAAAGAGGAACAGAAGAUGAUAUUGGGGAAGGGCAAGUCCCGACCUCGUCUCUCCUUCUCUCUCAAAGCUACAGAGUGAUUUCUCUUCUCUUCUCUUCUCUUCUCUUCUCUUCUCUUCUCUUCUCUUCUCUUCUCUUCUCUUCUCUUCUCUUCGGAUGUGAGCUUCAUGUUGAAGUGAAUCAGAGUCUCAAAGAGAGUUCUGCCCUGUGUGCUCUGCCCUCAAGAAUUGCCCUUCAUAAUCCCAGGAAUUCAAAAAAGAAAAAAAACAUUUGGUCCUCAUGCUUCAAAAUCGGACUUGCAGCAGCACCACCACAGACUUUCAAAUUGGCUGCCAUCAUUUGCAAUUCUUCAAUGUAUUAUAUUGAUAUUUGACACCGUUAUGCUGAAGGCACAUUUAAAAAAACAGAAAAAAAAAAAAAAAAACAGGGCAAUUUUCCCUUUUAAUGGCAAGCAAAUAAGAACGGAAAAAGUGUAAAUAUAUUUGUGUGUGUGUGCGUGGUUGCUUGGUCAAAAUAUAUCAGUGGUUUGGGAGCUCUGUUGGUUCAACCUCAAUUAUUUAACUACUGUUCUAGCAUUCUGAGCGGAAGUACACCAACGUGUUUUAAGAAAUGUACAUUAGCAGGCUUUUGGUUUUGUUUAUUUGUGAACGUUUGUGCAGGAGUGCGAGCGCUUUUCAUGUUUUUUUAGACUGCGGAUUGAACCCCUGAAACCAUUGAGUUUCUAAAAUGCUGCUUAACACUUUGUUCCCAUAAUCACCUGAUCGGAGCUGCAUUUCUAGCAUUGUAACCUAGAUCAUAUUUGACCUUUUUUGAUACAUCUUAUUUAAAGGACCCAUUUUUAAAAACAGA